AUGAUUACGCCGCAGUGGGAUCAAGGCUUCUUUGACCGUCACCAAGAAAAUCAUCAGACGACCAUCAUCCUGGAUCGCAUCUGCGACCCGACGACAGACUUUUCAACUGCGCUCCAAAACGACGUUGAGGCCGUUGACCCUGGCCUCCUUCUUUUCCUACGGCAGAUAGAACGAAUCCACCUCAGGCUCUUCACUUCCUCCUCGGAUGGCGUACCGGCCAUCUCAAAACGUUUUCAUCGCGUCAAUUGGACACCCAAUUCUGGCUUUGUAUCGCUCAAAGACGAAGAUGCCGACACAAGACGCAACCUGUACAAACACCUAUUUACUAUUGAUUGUGACGGGACCGAGACACAACGUCGAGGCAUUACAAAUACCGACAUUGUGCUGGCAUUUCCUGUGAAGAAUAAAUCAGGCAGGUACGUGCCGUUGAUACAGAAGACAAACUUUGUAUUUGCAUAUUUGCCUCUCGGCAAUUUUGGCUUCAGGUUUGUCAUUCAGGCAGAUUUCCUCACCACGUCGAAUCGGCAAUCAGUCGACGAAGACAGCUCCUGGAACAAAAACAUUGCACACGCGAUUCCACGGGCCUUUGAAGCAGCCAUUGGCAAGUUCAACGGAGGAGACGCCAAAUUGGACGAGCUAUCAAAAAAAUGGCCACUUUACCUUGAUAACAACACCAGUGGCCUGAGUGCGUACUGGCGCAGCAUAACGGAAAGCAUAAAGAAGCACCUUCGUGGAGCGAUCGUCAUCAAGGACCGAACCGGUAGUGUCAGAAAGCCAAAACACCUAAUGUUCUUGGACUGGGCACAUGACAGCAAUGGUGAGCCGAUGUUUGGGCAGAUGUGCGACUACGUCUCCCCCGAUUAUCCCGAACCAGUCCGCGAAGCGCUUUUGUCGCUGGGCGUCUCUGCCCCUAACUGGCGAUGGGUGUGCCACAGGCUCCAAGAGCUCCACGAUGAAAGCUUGCUUCACAUUAGGGGGCGAAGCAAGGAGUGGUACUCGGAUCUCGCCAAGGUGAUUCUCGGGCCACAGGAGCCCUUGGAUCAUACAAAGUAUGCCAGAGACUUGAGAACCAUUCCCCUGAUUCCUCUGGCCGAUGGUACCUGGAGGUGUCCCCCUUCUGAAUGUGAACCAAUCUACUUUCCGUCAAGCUUGGGCACGACCAUCCCCCCUGGACUGCCACUAUCCCUGGUCGACGCAGAAGCUUGCACUUGCCCCAAGAGGAGAAAGCUCUUUGGACUCCUUGGGGUAAAGGAUUGUGAUGCCCCUAAUGUAGUCGAGCGGAUCAUCAACUACCACAUCAACUUUAGGUUGGCAAAGCCUAUCCAUCUUAUCGCUCAGCUCAAGUACCUCUACAGGAUGCAGGAGCACCUGCGGCCAGGUGACAUGGACAAGGUAUACUUUGUGUGCUCUAAUAGCGAGGGCUUGCGAAGAGGUACUUCGACAUAUGUCGACACUUCCAUUAGUGGCGAGCUACAACAACUUUUCUCCGGUUACAGCGAGGCAUACUUUCUGGACAGCCGCUACUUUGCAGAAUUCGGUUCUUCUGAUAGAGAAAAGCUGGCAGAAUGGCUGGCAGAUACAGCCGGUGUGGCGUUGGUCCCUCGCUUCAAUGUCGCUUCUGGGCUGCACAGGGAUUUCAAAUGGUUGCUGAAAAGAAAGAGCAAUCAGAUCUUGGCUAUCUUGUAUCAGUACUGGGACUGUUACAAAGAGAACUUGACGAACGCGGCAAAUCCCGGCUUCAACAACCAAAAAGAUGUUGACAAGUCACGACAGCUUUACCUGGCAAUCCAGUCGCGAGCUUUCUCGCCUACCGACGAGAGGAAGGUCAAGAAAGCGUUUGGUAAUCAACUUGUAAAUCUCCCAAACGACGAGUAUAAGCGCCUGAGGAGCUGUGUGUGGCAUGGGCCCAAGGACCUCUUGUCCAAGCCUGCCUUGUACCCAGUCUACGGCCAUGGACUAGACCGGCUGUUUCGAGAAAUCUUAGAAGUACCAGACGCUACGUGUGCUGAAACUCUAGAAUACCUCGAAACGCUUCGGAAUAACGAGUCGACGACAAUGGCAGAUGUUGCUGAAGCCUAUGUGUUUCUGCAAAACUACCACGCAGACACGUUCAGCGUCGAUGACAAGACGGCCUGCAUCGCCGUGCCUUCAUCGGGGUCUGCCCUCGAGUGGAAAACGCCAGCUCAGUGCGUGUGGGACGAUGAUGAGUUUUCGCAGAAUGGACUCGAGCUGGAGAGCAAGAUGUCCAUUCGUAGCACCAUAGAGAACCAUGCGCCCACGGCAAAAGCCUUCUUCACCAAACUUCUCAAACUCCCAAACGCUGGCAUCCGCGAACUCCUCGCCGACUUGGCACUGAUGCAGGAAACGAAGCGCGAUGCUCCGAAGCGAGUGUAUCGACUCUACGAGAGAGUUGAAAGCUGCCGGCGCAGCUGGCCAGAAAGGAUAAGGCAUGUGUCCACGCCCAGAAUGCGCCAAGUAGCUAACCGUUUGGACAGAAAGGCUUUCAAGAAGAGACCCCUCGUUUUUCUCCGCGGUAUGAACGACCAAAAUAGCCAAUGCGUUUCAAUCGAGGACUGCAUCUGGACCAGGUCGGUUCUGUGGUACAAGCAUGCCCUCAUGCCUUCGUUGAAUCAGUAUCGCGGUCUCUUCCGAGACGCCUUGGAAGUGCCGAAUGCAACCAUGGAUAUGCUAGUCACUGAACUGCUAGAACCAGCAAUGGACAUGGAAGACAAAGACGGAUAUCAGCACGUUAAGGAGCUGUUGCAAGAAAUUGCUCGCCUGCGGCCGAAUGGUAGGGUGCUAGAACGACUGGAUGGCAAAGACUGCUGGCCGUGCCGAACGCCAACGUGUUUGCAUGGCCUUUGCUCGAUGGGAAGUUUCUACGUUAACGACCGGCAGGAUCUGUUUGGCAUCUUUACUAAAACCCACACCUUUCUCGACUUCGACUUUAACGCCUCGAGAAAGCUUGCAGAUUUGCUUUGUAAUCGAGGUUGCGACUCGUUUCUUUCCGAGAAAGUUUCUACAGAGAUAGAAUUUAGCGAACCCCUAGAACACGAUCAUGACCUUAUGCAAGACUUCCGACUUCGUGCAGAUGCACUUGUAAAGUACUUUGAGUAUGCCGAGUGCGAGUCACCCUACGAGCUUCGACCGCUCCUAGAAAAUGUUGAAGUCUGGAUGAGUGAAGACAUAGAGACGCACUAUACAUUGGAAGACACUACCGUGACGAAGAGCGGAGGAGGUUCCGGUGUAAAGGUUAGUAUUGGAGUAGGCAAGACUCCCAAGCUAGAUAUUUACGUCUCCACAAACAAGCAUGUGCGCUCCUGUGCGCUCAUAACAGACGUUCCAAAACAGCUUGUGGAAGCAUUAAAGCUUGAACUAGCCGAUCUCUCAGAUCUUCAUGCCAUCCUGCAGGUGCCACCCGCCUCGUUGGAGGCCUUGCUAAUUAAAAGAGGCAUCACUGGCGGGGAUGCAUCAGACGAUGACAAAGAUACUUUGGUGGCACAACUGAUUAACGAAGACUGGCAGAUCCAGAGCGAUGACAGCUCUGGUAAUAAUACUGAAGAUGCAUCGACGACGUCUGCCAGCAGUGUUCGCCCGGAUUCUGCCAGGUCGGCCGUUAUCGAGUAUACGAGUGCUUCUGCAGCAUCCAGGGCUACACAUACGACUCAACGAUCAAAUGUGCAUCAUCGAUCUAGCUUUAGACCGACCACUCCCAGGCCUGACUCGCAGGAUCCUCUGCAUGAACCUGCACAUGAGAGCCCGACUGAGCGACCAGUCACAUCCCGUCGUACAGCCGCUGGUCUUUACAACAUAUAUAACCGGAGGCGGAACAUGGAGCGGCUUCAAAGCUUCGCCCAAAACGCGAACCCUACAUCGCAUCGACCCGAGAGGUCAAACAGGCAGUCUGGGAGCAGUGGAGGCGCUUUUAACUUGAGCAUGUUGAGGGAGACUCUCGAGGCCGCUGGGCCUGCUCCAGUAUCGAUGCUGGUCCCGGUCGAUCCUUACCGGCGCCGACGAACAGUGCUGAUUCCGAAUCGUAAUGACGAGGAAAUGGCCCGUGACUUUGAAGUCGGCUUUCUGGGAGAACAGUUUGUAAGUGCCCUGGGCGCCGUGAUUUGCUACAUCUGUCCAGGUCAGAAGCUCACGCUGGUCGAGGUAUACACCUUGCUACACGAUACGCUCGAACUACCCGACUUCACGGGCGAGGACAACUGGACCAGCUCGCUGCGCUCUCGGGCUGGCUUCCCGACCUUCGGCUGCGAGGUGUCAGAUUUUACCUAUAAGGAUACUCAGGGCGCGCUCACCAGCUACUUCCUACAGAUGCAGCACCCAAGUCAAAAGCACAACGAGCCGGGAUCCCAGUACCACCUUCUAUUUGAGUGGCGGUCAGUACAAGUUGGUAGGUUUGUCAAGUCAUGGAGCAACUCCGCCGACUUUUGGGCUAACACGGACCAGGCAAAGAAGCUGCGGGUUACCUCGGCGACGCCGUCAGAGGUCUACGUCAUUCUGCGCAUCUCGGGCUUGGAUGCAUUGGAAGAUGGAGCGGGACACCGACCAGAGUGUAGAGUGUAUCUAGAUCCUUACACUCGCGGCGAGGAGGGCAUACUGGACUUUGUUGCACCCACCUAUGCCGUUACGGCUACUACAUAG